UCAUUUUAUGAUACACCGUUGUUUUCUGACCAGAAGUAAACACGGGAGUGUUAAAAUAGAUAUAAACAAAUAGAAAAAACAAUGUAAAACAAUUUAAAAAGUGUUUCGGUCUUUGAUUUCGGCAGAAAGAUCUAAUUGAAAGAACCAAAAAAAUACAUGUGUGUAUCAUAUUGGAUCAAUUGUAAUAGAAAUCAAUGUUUAUCUGUGCCCACUUACACGUGAACGUUUUGAGAUAUUUGAAUUCUUAGUAAACUGUACAAAUGACUGAAUCUAUAGUAAAAUCAGAUUUGUUUAGUGCUGCCAAACAGUUGGUGGAAAGUGAAAUUGAUCUGAUAAAGAUAAUUGAGAGCUCUAAAAAGUGCAAAAAAUCUGAUACAAAUACACUUGUAGAUAUGAAAAAAACAAAGAAGUCUGGAAAAUCAACGAAAGUUCGCCCUUGGCUGUUGGCUGCCAAGCAAGAAGCGGCACAGCGUAAGCUAUUGGAUAAAAAAUCCAACAACAGUUUUGUACGAGAUAUAUAUCAGAGAGCGAUUGAUGCUUACACAAUGGUGCGAAAGAAGACGGGUCUUGUGUUCGACCGAAACAUGGCGGAGCACGAAUGUCUCUGGGAUCAAAAUUAUCCCGAAUGCCCAGCCAGAUUUACACAGGUGUUGCAAAGAUGCGAAGAAUUGGGUUUGGUGAAAAGAUGCAAGAUUAUCGAGUCGAGAUCGGCUACGGAGAGUGAAAUUUUGACGAAGCAUACUCAAAAGCAAAUUGAUAUCCUCAAGGCAACGCACGGUUGUGUAGAUAUUGAAAACUUGGAAUUGUUGUCUUCUAGAUACGACGCUAUUUUUAUUCAUCCAUCUACGUAUAAAUUGUCUUUGUUAGCUGCUGGCUCAACGAUCAAUUUGGUUGAAAGUAUUUGUAAAGGCGAUGUGCAAAAUGGCAUGGCUAUUGUCAGACCACCAGGUCAUCAUGCAAUGAAAUCAGAAUACUGUGGUUAUUGUUUUUUUAACAACGUAGCACUUGCGGCAGAAAAGGUUCUUUGUUCGAAUCUGGCGAGUAGAAUUUUAAUUGUGGAUUGGGACGUUCAUCACGGACAGGCAACGCAACAAAUGUUUUACAACGACCCACGUGUGGUUUACUUUUCGAUACAUCGCUACGAGCACGGUGAGUUCUGGCCCAAUCUGAGAGAAUCUGAUUUUCAUUACGUCGGUGAGGAUCUGGGAGAGGGUUACAAUUUCAAUAUACCCUUGAAUAAAACCGGCAUGACCAAUGCCGAUUACGUUGCGAUUUUCCAACAAGUUUUAUUGCCGAUGGCUUACGAAUUUCAACCGGAUCUGGUAAUAGUGUCAGCUGGUUACGACGCAGCUCUGGGUUGUCCAGAGGGUGAAAUGCUUGUAACUCCAGCGUGUUAUGCACAUUUGUUAUCAUCGUUGUUGAGUUUGGCAGCCGGAAGAGUCGCUGUAAUUUUGGAGGGUGGUUAUUGCUUGAAAUCUUUAGCGGAGGGUGCAGCUUUGACUUUGAGAACUUUGUUGGGCGAUCCAUGUCCCAUCUUGCAAAGUCUAGAAUUGCCAUCGUCAAGCAUACGCGAUACUAUUCUGAACGUAAUUUACGCGCACAAACCAUAUUGGAAAUGUUAUCAGUAUCAAGACACGUACAGCAUCAACAGCAUAACGCAUGACAAAGAAGAGAUUACUAAUCGACAUGUGGUCAGGGUUACGUACAAGAGCAAUGAGAUCAAACUCGACAAGUACGAAACACGAAAUUGUUAUCCCGUAAAAACCAAAGAAGCUGCGGAUAUCAUCGAGAAACAGUUGAACGAAUUGAUACAAUUUACGAAUUUGUACAAAGCACCUCACAAAGUGUGUGUUGUUUAUGACGAACGAAUGCACAAGCAUUGCGACAUAUCCGACAAUAGUCAUCCAGAGAAACCGUCCCGUAUUGCUGGUAUUUAUAAGAAUCAUGAGGAAAAUGGUUUGCUAGAUCGAUGUUACAUGCUACAAGGAAAAAGUGCGACAAUAGAAGAGUUAUGUUUGGCUCAUUCCAAGCAACAUGUUGACAGUAUCAAAAGGACAUCUGGUUUGAAACUCAAAGAAUUACAAAAACAAGCUUCCGAUUAUAAUUCUGUUUAUCUGAACAACGAGACGUGGUCGAGCGCUUGCGUGUCCGCUGGUUCUCUAUUGCAAGUGGUGAACGCGGUUUUAAGCGGGAAAAGUCAAUCUGGCGUGGCAAUCGUUAGACCACCGGGACACCACGCCGAAGAGGAUAUCGCGUGUGGAUUUUGUAUUUUCAAUAACGUCGCGGUUGCCGCAAGAUACGCUAUACAAUUUUAUCACUUAAAGAGGGUGUUGAUAGUAGAUUGGGACGUGCAUCACGGAAACGGAACGCAGUCAAUUUUCGAGGAAGAUCCCAAAGUUCUUUACAUGUCUGUACAUCGUUACGAUAACGGAAGCUUUUUCCCAAAUUCAAAGUCUGCUAACUACACGAGCGUUGGUUUAAAAGCGGGUGAGGGAUUUAAUGUAAACAUACCCUGGAACAAGAAAGGAAUGGGAGAUGCUGAAUAUAUAGCGGCUUUUCAACAAGUUGUGAUGCCCAUUGCUUAUCAGUUUAAUCCGGAAUUGGUUCUGAUUUCUGCCGGAUUCGAUGCUUGCGUGGGCGAUCCACUCGGAGGUUGUCUCGUAAGCCCAGAGAUCUAUGCUCAUUUGACUCACUGGCUCUCGUCUCUGGCCAAUGGCCGUAUAAUUCUCAGCCUCGAAGGAGGCUACAAUAUCAAUUCAAUCUCGCACGCGAUGACCAUGUGUACCAAAGCUCUUCUGGGCGAUCCCUUGCCGAUGCUGGAUCCCGGUCUGAUUCCCUGCACCAGCGCGAUAAAUUCCAUCAACAAUGUUCUGAAGACUCACAAAAGAUUUUGGCCAAAUUUGCAAUACUGCAUGUCGUUGCCAAAAGAGAGAGCCAACUUCCUAAGACCGUCGUUGCUUCAGACCGUCUCUUCGAAAUUCGAGAACUCUUUCAUGCCGAAGCAAACGGAAUCGAAGAUUGCGUUGGAGGGAAUAGAAAGUGAGAAAUUGGAUUUGAACUUGGCGAUCGAUAAAAAUUACUUGAGUCAGGUGACGGACGAGGAAAUAUUGAAAUUGACGAACGAAGUGGAGAAUAUAAAAAUUAAGAACCUCGACUUGAACAGCAAAACAAACGAGACGAGAAAAAAACCAAAACAAACAACUGAAGCAAAAAGUGUAGAAGUUUCACAAGCUAUACAACAAUGUGUGAAGGAAACAAAGCAGUCGCAAAAUCAACAAGAAAAUUCUGGAGUGUCUGAAGAUAACGAAGAUAACGCGGCAGCCUUACCUCGUGAUACGCGAGAUAUGACUCUGCAAGAAUACCUGUCCGAUAACAUUCAGGCUCUAACGGCGGGAGAGAUGUUCGCGGUAAUACCUUUGCUUGAUUGUCCGCACGUGGACACAGUCAACGACGUUCCUCCAAAUGGAAUCGACGUUGCUUCACCUUGCGCGGAGUGCGGCAGCACCGCAGAAAAUUGGAUAUGUCUGCAGUGUUACACUGUACAUUGUGCUCGUUAUGUUAAUCAGCACGCGAUGCAACAUGCGGAGGAACACGAGCAUCCGAUAGCGCUCAGUUUCACCGACAUAUCCGUCUGGUGCUAUGGUUGUGAAUCCUACAUUAAUCAUCCCCGCUUAUAUCCGGCAAGAAAUGCGGCUUAUCAAAGCAAAUUCAAUGAAGAACUUGUCUGGACUUAUGGCGAAAGCAAUACAAACAUAUCUUAGUUUGAUAUAAAAAGUCUACUAAGUUUAAUUCGCUAAAUUCACUAAAUUCAUUUGUUUUAAGAUUUAUACAUAGAAAUUAUUUGUUCUUCUCACUCUGUUUGUUUUUUUGGAUUUUGAGACAAAAAGAUAAAUCAGUUCACAAGUUCGAGGAUAUUUUUUUCUCAUUAUUACAAAAACAACAACUGGCUUCUUCUUAGGUUUUUUCUUUCGUUAUAUA